ACUGAGUCAACCGGCAUUUGGUACUCUGUAGCACUGCACCGUCAGUAGUGCGGAGACAGAGCUCAGACGCGGCAGCGCGCUCGUCGCAAACCGCUUUAUAAUAAAACUUUCUCUUUACGUACACAAAUGUAAACAACCAAAGAAAACUCAAAUAAUCUCGUGUCUUCCCAAUUUACAAGUACCAUUGUUGUUUAAAAUAAUGUACCUAAGAGUCCAUUAAACUAUUGUCAGUGUUUUUUUGUCUGUAUGAAUCUAAAUUGAAACCUACAAUGAGACGCCAGAGAACGUAGAAUUUUAACAUUUUAGCGCCUACAUUGCAGUGGGUGGAGCAAAUUGAUUUGAUUUAGUGGAAUUGGCAAGAGAGUUGUUUAGCUGCUGUUUCUGAAAUGGGAAAAGACUAUGGAGAGCCGAUCCGGUACGAUCCGCACUUCGACGGGCCCAUCCGCAACCGCUCAUGUACGGACGUCAUAUGGCUGAUAAUAUUCAUCCUCUUUCUCGGAGUAUGGGGUUACGUCGGCUACUAUAGUAUAACAACUGGCAACGUAGAAAAACUACUAGCGCCUAUCGAUUCAAAUGGCAACCGUUGCGGACUCGACUCGAAAUACGAAAACAAGAAGUACCUUGUCUUCUUCAACAUCUCCAGCUGCUUGUCGCCCACCACACCCAUCACAGGAUGUCGCACCCCACAAGUUUGCGUGGAGAGUUGUCCAACCAGAACGAUAUUAUUUCAAGCGGAGCUGUCUGUGACUCCCUUCGAACAGCUGAGGCCCUAUAUGGUAUGCACCGACGACAUCAACAAGGAAACAAUGACACUAAGCGACGCUAAGAACUACAUCAAUAACGGAAAAUGCGCCGACCAUGUCCUGAAGAGCCAACCAGUGUUGCACCGCUGCAUCGGCGACCUGUCCACUCUGCCGUGCGGUGACACGUCAAAGCCUGGCUCUACGCGGUCGCUGAGCGAACAGAGCAACGAGAGUUGUAAAAGAAGUCAUAAAAAGGAUCAGGCGACGUUGCUACAAAGUGCGACGGCUCUGGACUCGUACGUGGGGUGGAUCGCGGCCAGCUGGGUGACCUUCUUCACGACCACCGCAAACGAACGCGACACCUAUAUCCUGUCAUCGCAGAUAGUGCAGGACCUAGUGCAGUCGCGGUGGUACAUGCUGGGCGCACUAGUAGUCGUGGUCAUCAUCUGCUUCCUCUACAUCCUGCUGCUGCGCUGGGUGGUCGCGCCCGUCGUAUGGACUUCCAUCGUCGGGUUACUCGCCUUACUUGGAUUCUCGCUCUACCUUAUUUACAAGAACUACGCAUACUACCGUGCCAACCCGGUACAACUGCAUCAGACUACUAACUUGAAGGGCUACUUCGAGUCCAUCUUCACAAAGUCUAGUACUUGGUUGGUCAUUCUGAUAAUCGUGGCCAUUCUGUGGGUCAUACUCCUGAUGAUCAUCAUAUUCUUGCGCAGCCGAAUAACCAUUGCGAUUGCUCUCAUUAGAGAGGGAAGCAAAGCGGUGUCUGCGAUAAAGUCGACAGUUUUCUUCCCCAUAUUCCCAUGGCUGUUACAAUGUGCUGUCAUAGCGUAUGGAGUGGUGGUGCUAAUGUACAUCAUAUCUAUUGGGGACUCGGCCUUCCGCGUGGUGGGACUCAAGAACGACACUAACUGUGACUGCAAAGGCGUCUACACCGAAGACUAUGUACCUUGCGAUCCGCUGACGUUUACCGCGAGUUGUUUCGACACCAGUAAUGGUAUACGACAAUGCCAGCAGGCCGUUUGCCAUUUCACAGGCAUCGACAACCCACGGAGCGUGGCAUAUUUGCAUCUUGUAAACCUGCUAGGCUUCUUCUGGACAAUGUUCUUCAUCAGCGGAACAGCUGACAUGAUGCUAGCCAGUACCUUCUCCACGUGGUACUGGACACCGAAGAGAGACUUGCCUUUCUUCACUCUGACUGCCGGCAUCUUCCGCACUCUAUGUUACCACUUAGGAACCGUCGCGUUUGGCUCCUUGAUCAUUGCCAUCGUGCGAGUCAUACGCGUCAUCCUCGAGUACAUCGACCACAAGUUAAAGAAGUUCGACAAUCCAUUCACUAGAUGCCUUAUGUGCUGUUGUAAAUGCUUCUUCUGGUGCCUAGAGAACUUCAUCAAGUUUAUCAAUAAAAAUGCGUACAUCAUGUGCGCUGUACACGGGAAGAACUUCUGUACCAGUGCCAGAGAUGCGUUUUCGUUGCUUAUGAGAAAUAUCGUCAGAGUUGUCGUGUUGGAUAAGGUAAUGGACUUCAUCUUCUUCCUGUCCAAACUGCUGAUCUCAAUCGGCGUCGGGUUCGCGGUGUACUACAUAGCGCAGUGGAACUACGUCUACGAGGUGACCAACGGCGAGCGCCUCAACUACAGCUACAUCCCCGCCAUCAUCCUCGCCAUCGCCACGUACCUCAUCAGCUCUAUAUUCUUCAACGUUUACUCUAUGGCUGUCGACACUCUGUUCCUAUGCUUUUUGGAAGAUUGCGAGAGAAACGACGGUACACCGCAGAAACCAUACGCCAUGUCGACUAACCUCAUGAAGAUCCUCGGCAAGAGAAACAAAAAAGCAAAACCGGAAUAAAGUUCACGUCACUAAGUGCCAAAUAUUACACAAAUGCAAUACAACAUGUACACAAUGAGUUGUGAGAUUAUUACUGCCUCUAGGAGUCACAAAUGAAAAAAAUAAUAUGUAUGAUGUUUUAAUUAAUUAUGAAUUUUUAUACUUUCUUAAUUUGUUAGUAAUUUUUACAAUAUUUCUACUACUUUUUUUAAUAUAGAGCAGCAAGCCAAAUAUUAGGGAGACUACUAUUAUCAGUCUAAUAUUAAUGUUUUGAAGAGUUUACAUAAGAUUUUUUAAAUGGAAUUUAAUGGUACUGAUAUGAGAAUGAUAGAGUAUACUAUUACUACUAUAAUUAUUUAAGAGUUUUCAUGAGAGGCUGUCUAGGAAUAGGGUUCUGUUUCCUUUUUCCAGGAACGAACCAGGUAUGAGUGAUCUUUAAUACAGAGUGCCUGAUAUGUGAAUAUUUUUAUAAUAUAAUUCAAACUUUUUUAUCGAUUGUGAUAACAAUUUUUAAUUAUUAAUAUAAAUUAUAUUAAAUUGAAAGAUA